AAUCAAACUGCAAAACCUCCACUGAGAGUAUGAAACAACAAGAAGAACAAGUGGCAAAGGCCUCAAAAACCAGAAGAAAAAUCCUCAAGAAGAAGGUCAGAGAGAGAGAGAGAGAGAGAGAGAGAGAGAGAUCAUCAAUCAGAACAAGAGUUGCGUAAAAAGUGCGAGUGGGAGGAGGAAUGAAUUGAAUGCACUCACUUGCUCACUCUGAAACGUGUUGGUUCUGUAGAGCGAGCAGCAACACCGUGUUCUAUCGAUUCGACGCCUGUCAAUGGCUGAUGAUGCUAUAGGCGACAAAAGCAAGUGAAUUGAAGACCGAAUCACGUUGGGUUUUGAAGAUAAAGUAAGAAUUAAAAGCAGGGAGGAGGGAAGGUACAAACAAAACUGUGGGAAGGGAAAGUGGGUGGCGGAUUGAGGUUGGGGAGUUGUAGUGUAACCGUCGUCCCAUCUGCCCAGGUCAGGAGGAUUGCACAAUGGCUGAUAUCAGUUACGCCGAUCCACCGCUUCUCGAUUUCUCCACAAUUCAAUUCCAUCAUAUCUUUAUUAUUGUUGAAACUGAAAUAGCAGUAGCAAAGUCGAGUCCUUCAACUCAUCCUCAUUCUCGUCCUCAUCCGCUGCGAGAGGGGCUUGUCGGUCGAGGUCGCCAUGGAAGGCUCAUCGUCUCAGGGCGGCCAAGCCUCUCAAUCGCAGCCUGUUGAGCUGUUGAAUCCGGCGGUGCAGCAGCAACUCAACCUCCAGCCCCUCAAGACUCGAACCCUCGGCCUCCAGAAAGCCAUCGAACGCAUCAUCGAAGAUAUCUAUGCCAAUGUCAUCACCAAUUCGGUCCCCAAGUGGCAAGACAUCUUGAAUCAAUAUUCUAUGGUGAAUCUUGAGCUUUUUAACAUUAUGGAAGAGGUCAACAAGGUCUCCAAGGCCUUUGUUGUAUACCCGACGAAUGUUAAUGCAGAGAACGCUGCAAUUCUUCCUGUUAUGCUGUCAUCUAAGCUAUUGCCUGAGAUGGAAGUGGAUGAUAUUGUCAAGAAAGAACAGGUGUUAAUGGGGAUGGACCACCUGCCAGUAUCUGAACAGCUUGAAAAGUUAAAGAAGAGAAUGGAUAAUAUUCGAGAAGUCUGUGAAAGUGCUGAAAAAAUUAUAGCUGAGGGUCGUAAAGCCCUUCUUGCUCCACAAGAACCUGCUAUUACUCCAACUUUAGACAAGGAUCAUGCUGCAAAGAUUAAUGAACAGGAAAUGCUACUUCGCAAUGCUGUCAAUCAUGGAGGAGGUUUACAAAUCCCUGAAGACCAAAGGCAGAUUGCAUCUGCACUUCCAAAGCAUCUGGUAGAUAUACUCUCUGUAGCUGAUGAAGCACAUACUCUUCCUGAUGCAUUUGGUAGUAUGCUACAGGCAUCUGGAGCACAAGAAAUUGGGAGCCCUGUGGAUUCUCCUUCUGGUGCUACAGCAGCAACUUCAUUUGAUGAUACAAUGUCACAACUGCCAAAUGCCUAUUCACCCAUGUCUGGCACAAACAUGACAAGUACACCUUCUUCUGAGCAACAAUCACAGCAGCCGCAGCACCUACAACAGCUACAGCAGGAGCAUCAACAUCAGCAGAAAAGGCAGAAAUUGAUGCAAUUGCCACAGCAUCAGCAGCAACUUCUUGCUCACCAGCAAUUUUGGCAAUCUUCACUGCCUGUAUUAGGACAGAAUCAGCUGGGGCGGCUGCAUGAUUUGCAUGGACAGGCUGAGCAGAAAUUUCAAUUGUUUCAUUGUCAGCAUCAAAUGCCAUUCUCUCAAACAUUGGUGACCCAGCAAUUCCAGGAUAGGCUGCUGUCUCCUGGACCAGUUCAGAGCCAGAUGAACCAAGGGAACCAGUUGAAUCCUUAUUUUAGCCAGUUUUCUAGCCCUGCCAAUAGCGCAGUGUUUAAUGCUGCUCAGCGCACUGCAAAUACAGAAAUGAUUUCAAAUUUGUCAGCUAUCACAGCAUCGCAGUUACUUUUGCCAAGAAUGCAGUUUGGACUCUCUAGUGGCAAUUGGCCCCAUGCUUCCGAAAUUCUGAGUGAUAAGGUGUUCAACAUGGGAGCAGUUAAUCCCGGUGGUAUGAUGCCCAUUCAGCAGCAACAGCAACAAUCCACUUCACAAGGUGCAUUUGGUAACUUAAUGUCACAUAAUGCUCAACAAGAUGUACUACCACCUCUUCCCAGAUUUCAGAGACAAUCGAAUCAACAAACUAACAUUGGCAUGGCUGCCCACCAAAAUGCACUGCCAGCUCUUCCCAGAUUUCAAAGACAACCAAAUCAACAAUCUGGUACUACUAUGGCUGCCCACCAAAAUGCACAACCACCUCUUCCCAGAUUUCGGAGACAGCUGAAUCAACAGCUCGGUACUAGUAUGGCUACCCACCAAAAUGCACCACCACCUUUUCCUAGAUUUCAAUGACCGCCAAAUGAACAGUGAAAUGCAAUAGUCUAAGCUCAUGUUUUUAAGAAAAGCUAAAUGACUUUUUUUUAGUGGUAUAUGACAGUUUGGUUGCUUUAUGUUAAUUUGGAGCAAAAUAUUUGACCAUUCUGCCAAUUGAUAGAUGUGUUCCUUGCAAACUUAUAAGUAAAGACUAGACAUAUUAUUGUUAGUUCAUAAUUAUGUUUACCUCACCUUAUAGAAAAACAUAGCAUUGAGUUGAAGUGAACUGUAAAUGCAAGUUUAUGUACCAAAAUAAGUCGUCAUCUUGGACGGGAAAAUAUAUACAAAUUCAUUAUACUAGCUGUAGGUCUGGUAAAA